AUGCAAGAUAUAACUCCAAUCAAGUUUACUUCCUUUUACUGUGGUAGCUCCAAACCUGACAAUUGUGAAGAAUUUUUAAAAGAGUUUUUAGAUGAGUAUUGUAAUUUGGAGGAUUUUGGGUUUAACUAUAAUGACAAAAAAUUUAAUGUAAAUAUUAAAGGGUUUGUUUGUGAUGCUCCAGCACGUCAGUUUCUAAAGGGAAUUAAAGGUCAUACUGGUUAUGAUGCAUGCGAAAGAUGUAAAGUUCAUGGAGUACAUAUUGAAAACCAAAUAGUUUUUCAUGACCUUGAUUGUGAACCAAGGAAAGACCACGGUUUUAAGCAGAUGGCUUAUAAAGGGCAUCAGCUACUAGUAAGUCCUUUAUUAUACUCCAGUGUUCAAUGUACCAAAGAUUUUUCUUUGGACUAUAUGGAUUUAGUUUGCUUAGGAGUUGUUAAAAGAUUGCUUUUAUAUUUAAAAGAAGGCCCUCGUUGUUGCCGAAUAUCAACUAAUCAGUUAAAUGUAGUCUCUGAUUGCAUUGUAUCUUAUUAUGGAAAAACGCCUACAGAAUUUGCAUGA